CUCGAUUUGCGCCGGUAAUGUCUGUCUACAGCCUCCCCCUCCCCGGGCCUGGAGGCCGUUGAGAGAAAAAGAGGGCGUACCCAGUGGGAACGGCCGUCUCCUGCCUCUCAAGCAUAUGCCAGUUUCUGUUUCCCCUGCUCUUCCAUCUGCCUGCCCGUUCCUGCUUUCACUGCUUGCACCCCCUUCCUCUUUGCAUAUCUAGUCCACCACCCGACUUUCCAGGGUUCGGCUGUCGUGGAGUGCCCUGCCGCCAUGACGUCCAAGGAUGUGGCCACAUCGCGAACGCCAGUGCGACAGCGGCAGCGCCCACGGGCUGAUGUCGCAAACCCAAUGCAGCCCCAGGCCUCCGCCACCUCCUCGAUGCCCCCUGUCAAAGCUCCCAAUGAGGGCCUCCAAAGCGAGUGCCCCUCGCCAGCCACGCGGGUCCUCGGAAGGGGCGUGCCGGUGGCCGUGCCGGCCGGUCCGAAGAAUCCGGUGCGCGACCGGCGCAUCUGGGUCGAUUGGGUCCUAGAGCUGGCUUUGGUGCUGUUUGCCUUGCCAUUUCGCACUCGGGGCUUUGCCUUUCCCGGGUCGGUGGUUUUCGAUGAGCUGCACUUCACCCGCAUGGCUCGGGACUACCUCACCGGAUGGUUCCAUCUGGAUGUCCAUCCGCCCUUUGGCAAGAUGUUCCUGGCCUAUGCCGGCCACUGCCAAGCGCGCAUUGUGCAUUUCCUGUCGCAGAUCGGGCUCACCGGCUUUGUGGACGCCUGCGCGCGCUGGGCUGGAUUCCCGCGUUUUUCCGCGGCCGCGGCCGCACUGGAGCCCCUCGGCGAUGUGACCCGGCACCUUGGCAGCCUGGAGCAGAUUGGCUCGCACUUUUCCCCAGAGCCAACAUACUACGUGGGAAUGCGCCUGCUGAGCGUCAUUGUCGGCGUCGGGCUGCUUCCCUUGCUCUUUAAGUCGCUGCGUAUCCAGGGUGUCGGUCGGCCGUUGGCUGUCUUCAUGGCCCUGCUGCUGAUGUUCGAGUCCUCCUUCGAGGUGCAGUCGCGCUUUGCCUUUUUGGAUUCGCAACUCAUCUUCUGGUGUGGCUUUGCCUGGUACUAUUGGAUCCGUUAUGAAACUCGCUGUGAUGGAUUCCUCCAAAGCAUGGCAGCGGAGUUGCGCAACUCCGACACCGAAGCACGCUGCGAGCCCGGGCCCCGGGUGCAUGCAUCGCUUCUCGGGUGGCAGGGCCGUCUGCCGGAAAUGGAUAUCAUCUAUUGCGGAAUUCUCCUGGGUCUGGCGUGCAGCGUGAAGACCGUCGGCCUGUUCACAGUGGCAGCGGUGGUUCUUCGUUUGGUGGUGCUCACUUGGCGCCUGGCGCAGGAUCCUCGCCUUCCACUGGCAACAACACUUGCACGCGGCGUGCGGCACCUGGUGACGAUUCUCCUCUGCGUGGCUGGCAUCCUCGGGGGCUUUUACGCAUGGCACCUGUCUUUGCUGUCGGGGCACGCGCCGGCGCAUGUGAACAGCAUCGGCGGCAUUCGCCACCUGGGGCCACAUUGGUCGCAGAUGUUGACAGCGGCAGCCGACCACCCGGGUGACGAAGUGCCAAUGUCCAAGGUUGAUGUGGUCGCCUUCGGUAGCCAGGUGACACUCGGCUUGUCAUCCAACGCCCUGGACGGGGACCAUCGUGGCAGUUUCUUGUGCACGCCGGAGCUGCCAGCGGCCGCGAGUGACGCGCCGGCCGCCGCACCGGGUCACCGGCUUGUGGCUGUGGAUCGUGGGCCGCUUUGCCGGCAGGCACAUUGGACGGUGGAACUGGCGGACCGGGACAUCGCCUCGGCGGAGGCCUCGGUAACGACGUCACCCCAGCUUCGCCCGAACUCGUUCCUCCGCCUUCGAGAUGCCGCGUCUGGCAGUCUGCUCACUGUGGCCCGGGGCACCGAUCAUCGUCCCGAUGCUCCGGACUUGGUGGUGAUUGCCACAAACUCGACGAAGGCCCUCGCUCGGGAUGUGUGGCGAUUGGAGCCGGUUGCCAGCGCCUGGCCAGGGCCACUGUCCCUCUCGCAGCCGCAUCUGGGCACAUACCUCCAGUCUGAGCCGGAUGGCGGGGCGGUUGGGGAGAUGGUCAGCCAGUGGACAUCGGCCGCGGCCGCGGAUGCUGCUGGUCCAACCGGCGAGGCAGUGCUCCUAUCCUUCCUGACACAGUUCCACCUUUUCCAUGUCAAGGCAGGGUGCUACUUGGCGGCAUCCGAGCUUCGCCCAGCCGGAGUGGCCGGGCUGACGGCCUCCGGUCGACUGUUGACCUGUGUCAAGCGCCCGACCAAGCAGCCCAAUCCCAUUCCCGAGGGUGGGCUCCUCCGCCGGGGCACGCUUGGGCUUUGGGGCCCCGGGGCCCCGGGGCCCGGGGUCCCGGCCACAUGGACUGUGACCGAUGUGCUGGCCGGGGCGUCCAGCGCGGCCACGGUGUCACUGCCCUGUCGGACAACCCUGCCUCUGGGUCAGCGACUGGUGGAAUUGGCGGCGGCCACACUGCGCCUGCAUCGGGGCCUGACCGAACAGCACUCGGCCGCGUCCAGUCCGUGGGCCUGGCUGGUGGGUCGUGUGCCGGCGGCCCUGUACUGGACCGCUCACCAGCACCGCAUGGCCGGGCGGACUGGGGAUCGCCCGGAUUUGGAAGCGGUGCCUGCAAGUGCUUCAGGCAGCUCGGAGAUUCGAUUUGUGGCCAACCGGCCUGCUUGGUUGUUGGUUUUGUUGGUGGUAGCCCUGGUGUAUCCUGGCUGGCGGUUUGUCGAUGCGGUGCUGCAUGCGCGUGGGUGUGGUCCAGAUUGCACGGUCCAUGGUCGGAGCUGGCUCAUCCUUUAUGGCUCGGAGGACUGGGUGGCGGAUGAUGUUCGCCAGCAGGACAAGCUUUACCCGGCGGGGUCCGGGGCGGAUCUCCGGCUUGAGGUGACUCGCCGGGCUGGCUGCCGCUAUCAAACCAGCGAGUGGCUUCGGCGCAUGGAUGCCAGCUGGCUGGGCUGGCUGUGUCACUUCGUGCCCUUUUGUUUGAUGGGUCGGACGCUGUUUGCCCACCACUACCUUGUGGCCCUUUUCUUUGGGUAUCUUCUCAUGGGUCUUGCUUUGCAAAUGGGCUGGGAGCUGGCCCGGCGUCGGUGGGUCGAGAGCGCGGCCACAUCCUCAACCAAUGCCCCGCGGUGGAUGGGCAUGGUUAUUUUCGGCUGCGCCACAGCUUUGGUCGCUGGACUCUUGUGUCAUGGCUAUCUGGCGGCCAAUAGUCUCACCAAUUAGUGGUGGUCCCUCGGAGAGAGCAUCCUUGUGUUGUCUGGAAGCCCUUUCCUGAUAUGGCUCUAAAUAAAUCCCAAGCAGAUGAA